CGGCUCGGGCGGCCCCUUUGAGGAGCACGCUUGGCAGGACUGAGGGGGAGGACCGGUUGCGGAGGCCCAUGGCGAGCGGGGUUAUUAAAUGCAAGGCCGCUGUUGCCUGGGAGGCAGGUAAACCACUCUCUAUAGAAGAGGUAGAGGUUGCACCACCAAAAGCACAUGAAGUCCGUAUUAAGGUUGUUGCCACUGCUGUCUGUCACACAGAUGCCUAUACGCUGAGUGGUGCUGAUCCUGAGGGGUGUUUCCCAGUGAUUUUGGGUCACGAAGGAGCAGGAAUUGUGGAGAGUGUUGGGGAAGGAGUAACUAAAUUAAAACCAGGUGACACAGUCAUCCCACUGUACGUCCCACAAUGUGGAGAAUGCAAGUUCUGUUUGAACCCUAAAACCAAUCUCUGCCAAAAGAUAAGAGUUACCCAAGGAAAAGGACUGAUGCCCGAUGGUACCAGCAGGUUCACCUGCAAAGGGAAGCAAAUUUACCACUUCAUGGGGACUAGCACCUUCUCUGAAUACACCAUUGUGGCUGACAUCUCUGUGGCUAAAAUUGAUGCUGCUGCUCCUCUGGAUAAAGUUUGCCUAUUGGGCUGUGGAAUUUCAACAGGCUAUGGCGCUGCCAUCAACACUGCCAAGGUGGAACCUGGUUCUACCUGUGCUGUCUUUGGAUUGGGAGGAGUUGGGCUGGCAGUUAUUAUGGGCUGUAAAGUGGCUGGAGCUUCCCGGAUCAUCGGCGUUGAUCUCAACGAAGAUAAAUUUGCCAAGGCUAAAGAGUUUGGAGCCACUGAGUGCAUCAACCCUCAGGACUUCAAGAAGCCCAUACAGGAGGUGCUGGUUGAGCUUACUGAUGGUGGAGUGGACUACUCUUUUGAGUGCAUUGGGAAUGUUGGUGUCAUGAGGGCUGCCUUGGAAUCCUGUCACAAAGGCUGGGGAGUCAGUGUGAUAGUUGGAGUAGCUGCUGCUGGUCAGGAGAUCUCUACCCGUCCCUUCCAACUAGUAACAGGUCGCACGUGGAAAGGGACUGCCUUUGGAGGUUGGAAGAGUGUAGAGAGUGUACCAAAGCUGGUGGCUGAAUACAUGUCAAAAAAGAUCAAAGUUGAUGAAUUUGUGACUCACACUCUGCCUUUUGACAAAAUUAAUGAGGCUUUUGAACUGAUGCAUGCAGGGAAGAGGUUAGUGCUGCAACAUCAACCUCUAUUUUGGGUGGGGACAGGUGAAAGGCAAGGAAAAUUACAAUGGUUGGUGUUUGAGCAGAGGAGGAAACAAACCAUAAACUGGAAAAAGAAAGAACUAAAGCCAUAAAGGACAAAAAUAAAAAAAGCUAACUUCAAGCACCAGAAUAAAAGUAAAGACCGAGAAGGAAAUAACAAAAGAAAGUACUUGGAUAUUAAAAUCUCAAACUUAAUUCAGAACAGUUAGCAUUUUAGAUUACACUAGAACUUCAGAGUUACAAACUGACCAAUCAACCACA